AUGGGCACAGAGGAAUAUUCAAGAAAGCUUCAAGAAGCGAUUCAAGACCCGAGCACCGAGGCGUUAUGGCGCAUGUAUUCGAAAGCCAAGGCCUCGUUGCCCUAUAGAGAACGAAUGUCAAAUUUGACGUGGCGUAUGAUGGGUAUGAAACUCCACAAGCAUGCCUCAUCCGGCGGUUCGGAUAAAAACACCGGUACCGAGGCAUCUGGUGCAAAUACCAAUACUGCGACUACUGUAUAUAACAGCUCCAAUGGUGGUAAUAAUAAUCCUUUGAAGUUUGAUGGGGUCUCUUUUGCACUACACGAUUGGAAGGCUUCAGAACUGGCCAGUUCAAACCAUACAAAUAUAGCGUUGGAUCCUACGCUCUCGUUUCUCGAUGGGCUCACUGAACUUCCCCCUCAUCAUUCACAACGUGAGAAUGAGAACACUACGGAAGCAGUGGAAGACGUUGAUAUGGGUAAAGACAUAGACAAUGCUGAGGAUGAUUUCGAUUACGUUAGCCAUCUGAAACGUUUGAACGGUAGCAUUACUGAGAGUAUCAAUCCAAAGAAUCUAAAUGCCGAUGUAUCGAUGUCCAAUUACUCAUCCUCACAAAGCGAACAAUCGAAUCCGCAGUUGCAUUCAACAGCGUUUGACGGUCAUUACGGAUCGUUUUCGGAUCACGAUAGAAACGUAGGAUUUAUGUCUAUGGAUCUCAAUCAAGUUACCUCCGCUUCUUCAGAUUACCAUUUGAUAGAACAUUUACAACAAUCAGAACUUAGCUCACAAGCCGAUGAUGUGUUGCUCACCGAUGGUACUCAAAACUCUAGUGCAUCGCCGGCAAUGAUAAAUGAUGGUAACUCUAUUUAUGCGAAACACACUAAUGAUCCUUCCGAUCCAUCCUUGCUUGGUGGAUUUAGUCAUAAGGGGACAGGUUCCUUUUUCGAUGACUCGGAUAUCAUGACUUCUUUUACCGGCUCUUCUAGUCUUUCCACUUUGAAGAAUCCCGACUAUGACUCCCAAAGGCCACCAUUACAUUCUACUACUUCUACCGCUUCUUUGAAAGAAAUGUAUUAUCAGCAACAGCAUUCUCAAUCACAAUCACAAUUACAAAGACGUCCCUCUACUGCGGUAUCUUCUGUAAACCCAAUAUCCAUUAGGAAACCAACUUUAUCAAGAAGUAACAGCUCAUUCGGUUCUUCUUUACCAAAUAAUCUAUCAAUAGGUUCUGGAACAGCUCCAACUUCAUACAUGUCAACUUCUCAAGGAACAAGACGUGGAUCUUUGGCUAACUCCAUAAGAAAGAAGCCAAUUAAUAAGACAGGUUCUAGAAGAUCAUCCGUUUCAUUGAACCAACUUAACAAUGAAGGAGGAGAAAAUGCCAUGGGUGCUAACAGUGGACAAGAUUCAGGAGUUAAGACAGAAACUCAAUGUUCAAAUUGUCAUACGAAGACGACACCCUUAUGGAGAAGAGAUCCUCAAGGUAACCCGUUGUGUAAUGCUUGUGGUUUGUUUUUGAAACUUCACGGUGUUGUAAGGCCAUUGUCCUUGAAAAAGGAUGUGAUCAAGAAGAGACAAAGAUCAUCUAACAAAUCUAAACAAGUAUCGUCACUUUUAACAAGUGGAUUAGCAUCAAGUAACAAUAACAGUAACGCAAGCAUCAACAGCGGGAUCAACGAGAAUAAUAACUCUGCGAUUUCUACCGGCUCUCCGACAAACGCCAUCUCCCCAGAUAAGAAGAGAUAUGCUUUGAAGAAAAAACUGGGUAAACCAACAACACCAACUGCGAACUUGCAGUUGCAAAGGCAGGGAAGCGCCUCUCCAUCACUGCCGCAAAAUGCUCUUUUCAAUUUUCCCAGUCUCGGUAAAGUAGAAUCUUUCAACGAUGAAUCACCAGCAAAAUCCGCGCAGAUCUCGAACAAUUUGGAAGGUUUUAUGGAUCAAGAUUUUAUUCGCAAACAAUCCUCCCAAGUAGAGAAAGAUAAUCAAAAAUCAUCGCAAUAUCAACAUCAAGCGGAAUCACAAACUGAAAAUCCAAAAAACAAAGGGAAACCCCCUGGAGAUGUAACCAGCUGGGAAUGGUUGACCUUGUCCUUAUAA